ACAAGCCUCUCGAGACACACAACACCGGUCACCGGAGAAUAAAAAGUGAGAGCGGCGGCGAUUCAAACUUUUCCGGCCAUGGAAGCGGCGGUGGCAGCCGUAGAAAACAUACUCCGUUACAGUUUCAAGAACAAGAAGCUUCUAGAAGAAGCCCUCACCCACCCCUCCUUCGCCGGCGCCACCUCCUACGAGCGCCUCGAGUUCAUCGGCGACCCCAUUCUCGGCCUCGCCAUCAGCAACUACCUCUAUCUCGCAAACCCUUCCCUCAACCCCGGCCAGCUCUCUCUCCUCCGCGCUGCCAAUGUCAGCACCGAGAAGCUCGCCCGCGUCGCCAUCCGCAGCGGAAUUUACCGCCAUGUCCGCCAUAACAGCGUUCCCCUUGUCAAUAAGGUUCGGGAGUUCGUUGUUGCUAUUGCUGAUGAGGACCGCACUGUUUGUUACGGUGGAAUCGUGAAGGCUCCCAAGGUUCUCGCUGACAUUGUUGAGUCUGUGGCUGCUGCUGUUUACGUUGAUCUUGGUUUUGAUCUCCAGAAUUUAUGGGUGAUAAUUAGAGGUCUUUUGGAGCCGAUAGUGACAUUGGAUGAUCUGGAACAUAACCCUCAACCGGUGACAAUGCUCUUUGAGAUCUGCCAGAAGAAUGGGAAGCAGGUUGACAUCAAAUACAGGAGGGACAGUGACAAAAGCAUUGCCGGUGUCUUUGUUGAUGGGCAAAUUGUUGCCUCUGCUUCCUCUGAUCAGAAGGACAUUGCAAAGCUUGAUGCUGUCAAGGUUGCCUUGCAUAAACUAGCACAUUUAGUGCCUUCCAGUACAAUGACAUAAAAAAAGGUCCAAACCAGUAUACAGGUAACCACUGUGACCCUACUGACCACUAUCGUUUGCAAUGACAUAUGAAAGAAUAACACUCAUUUAGAGUCCUGAUUUCUUUGUAUAAAAUGCAUCUUCUUGUCUUCUGAUUCCCUCUAGUAGCCCAAGUAUGAAAGUACUAUGGUGUGGAUGAAACAAAAAUGAUGAUGAUGAGGUAAGUCCUUUUGAUUCGUGGCUCUGCACCCUUUUUCUUUACUAUGGACGGGUGGACAACACAAAUAUCUGCUUGCAGCUCCUUUGGAACAUGGUGGCUGCUUAAUUAAAUUAAGAUAUGGAAGA